AUGCGGCUUGAGCCGGCAAUCGCAGUGCAGUCCAGCGUCCGCGUCGUUGCCGCCUCGGCGGCGGCGAAGGGGAUCGGCAAGGGCGACGACCCCCGGAAUAGGCCUGGUGGCAACCUGCCGCCACCGCCGGAGUUCAACGGCGAUGUGGAGGACCCCAAGGUGUACAGGCGGUACAAGGCACAGGUCGAGAACUGGGUGCUGAUCGCCAAGAACAUUAUCGAGCCAGAGGAGAUGGGCCCCCGCCUCUUCGGUGCGCUGAAGGACAAAGCCUUCGACCAUGUCGAGGAUGAGAGCCCGUCGACCUUUGCAGUGAAGGACGGCGUGGACAUCCUGCUCCAGAAGUUGGCGUAUUUCGAUCAACGCCCCACGGUGAAGCCCAUCAAGGAGCAGGCUGCGACGCUGUUCCCAUUACCCUUGGUCCCGCGUAACAAGUACCAGGGCGACAAGAAGUUCAAGCCUCAGUACCACAAUGUCCACAUGACGAGUACAGAUGGCCAGCGGGAAGACGAUUGGCCACAAGAAGACCAUCAACUACCUCCUGAACCCUGGCACGACGACGACUACCAGGACUGGCCGUGCCCGGGAGGGGACGGCUGGAACGAGGAGGACUACAACGACGAUUAUUGGUCCGAGCAUCUCCCGGAGGCGCUGGCCCGGAAUAUUCACGCGGCGUACGUGACGUUCAAGCAGGCCCACGAUCGCUUGAAUCAGGCGAACCGGGCCCGCGGCUACUACAACGCCAAGGGCUCGGGCAAAGCUUCAGGCAAGGGCAAGUCCGGCAAGGGCUUCAUGUUCAGUGCCUCUGGCAAGGGCAAAGGCAAGGGCCGCGACAGCUCUAAGGGCCAGGCUCGCCGUGGCAUGUCCCUGGACGACUUCGAGAGGGUGACCAACUGCUCGGCGCGCGGCGAAAUGGGCCACUGGGCCGGCGAUCGCCAGUGUACGGCGCCCGCCGAGCGCGGCGUCAUCGGCAUCGACAGGCUACGCGGCUACCAGAUUACCGACGGUUGCAGAGCCACCGUGGAGCUAUUGGGCCCACUUGCGUCGAUGUGGAAGCUCGUGGAGACGUCCCGAAGCCUCACGUUGAUUAAUAGAUUUUCGAUCAAGCUGUACGCGUAUGCGAUCAGCGUGAGAGCCGAGGUCCAGCAGGCCCACUUCCUGGCUAUCGACCUUCCGAACGUACAGUUGGUGGAGUCCCAGAGUGGGCACCUCGCUGUUCGGAUCGACGAGUGGGUGUUCAUUAUCAUGAUGGUCGACAACAGGAUCUACUUCAUCGCGGGCUUUAUCGGCCAGAAGCGAGCGUUUACCAAGAACGACGCUGCGAUGGUGGUGGUCGCUUGCAUGUUCGAGAAGAGCAGGCGUCAGAAGCUCGCCAAGUCGGUCUUCGAGCGUCGCUUCCCAGUGAUGAAGAUCCUGACCGAUCCAGCUCUCAGGGAGAUCAGCAGCCUGCCGGAUACACGGUCGGGCUCUUCAACAAGGAUGGCGUACUUCCCGAACAUCUCCCAGGAACGCACUCACCCUGACAGCGGCGAGCACGUCUAUACAGUGCCAGCGGGCAAGUUCAUGGAGUGCCUCUGCUGCGGGAAGGUCUGGAAGGCGGCGAAGUACCCGGUCACGGUCAAUCACGGGAAUACGACGGAGGCGAUCUUCUGGAACUACCACGGGGCGCGCAAGAAGCCAGGCGACAGGCCCGGAGAGAGCCUGAGUGCCGGUCAGGCGAAGCGGUACUUUGGCAUGGCCAAGACCACCUACCAGAACAUCAUCCUCGAGAAGGACGUGUACGACAAGAGGCUCAACAACAGCAAGUUCCCCAGGCGAAGCCGGCGAGGCUUCGAUCUGUUCGAGGUCUUUGGCGGUGAGUGCGGCGUCGCGAUUCAUGCCGCCGACCAGGCAAGCGGAUGGCGUAUGCGCGCUCUACAGCCAGUCGACAAGUUAUUCGGCCAAGACCUCAAGAUACAGAAGCAGCGGCAACAGGUACUCGAGACGAUCGACAAGUGGAAACCCAGGCUUGUGAUCAUCCAGCUACCUUGUACUCUCUGGACGCUGCUCAACCGGAACAUCAACUACCGGGACAAUACUGAGGUCCUGGAGAGGUUACGUGACGAGGAGAGGUGUUUCUUGCAGUUCACCAGGGACAUUUUCAACAAGCAGAAGCACCACGGCAAUCGCGCGCUGCUCGAGAAUCCAGCAACGGCGGACUCGUGGCGCGAGGACGUCAUCAUGGAACUCCGUAGGGACAACUACGAGUGCACCUCUAACAUGUGCAUGUUCGGCAUGAUCGGCAAGGACGGCCCUCCGAUGAAGAAGUUGGUCAGGUGGCUGGGCACGCACCCGCUUCUAACUCAGCCCCGCUGGAGAGUGAUUAUGAACGGAGUGGUAGAUAUCAUGAGUCGCCGCAGCGCCGGAUCAGCCAAUGUCGCCAAGGAUUCGGAGAUGUGGGAGCAGGUGGAUGAGCUUGUGCCUUGGCAGAUACUCAGUAUUCAGCCCCGGACGAACCAGUACCUGAAGAGCUACAACCUCCUCCAGUUCAACGGCGCGCUGGAGACGCCCGCCAAGAUACCAUACAUAGGCUCAUUCAACUUGCGCGUGGGUUUGGAUUUCUUUGGCUUGAUGGGCGCGGCGAACGCCACGCACCUGUUCCUGAGCAUAUUGGAGAUGUCUGGUCUGUUGAUGGUCGUGGCCCACUGGCAGUCCGGACGCGCGGAGGCUAACAUCACGCUCUGGAGGCACAUGGCGAAGCGGGCCAUCGACGACAUGCAGCUGAUCGGCCCAGACGACAAGAAGAUGCUGACAGCCCCGAUCAACCAAUCCAGGAUCCCCGGCAGUAUUACAGACCCUGCCAACUCCGCGGUGGUUCACAGUGCUAUGACAGGAGACGCCGAGCUCGCCGAGAGGGCUCGGGUCCUCACUUUAGCGGAUCUGGCGUUCACCGAGUACGACAGGUCCGAGUCCCUCAAGAGGUCGAUGCUCCGGCUCAAUCGGCCCUGCAGAGGCGACUACACCGCCGGUGACCGCGUCGCCUUCUGGCGACUGCCCAAGACUAAGAAGGGUAAGCACUACCCGGCGAGGUUCAUCGUGGCGACGGUGAUCGGACCUGGCGGCAGCGGCGGACCGGACGACAACAAUGUCUGGGUGCAGUCAUCUGGCCAUCCUAUCCUGGUCUCGAAGGAGCAGCUCCGCGAGGCCCGCGGUACCGAGAUGUGGGCCCCCGACGAUGCCGACCUGGCUGAGCUGCGCAGGGCUGCUCAG